CGAUUUAUCUGCGAGCAGCUUGUCAUGCCUGACUUGCUGCCGGCACAGCGUUCACACAGUUAGCCACCGCACGUUACUGCUGAGUAAUACCCAAAACAACCUACAGCCAUGGCAGAUCCAAGAAUACGGCAAAUCAAGAUUAAAACUGGCAUCGUUAAGAGGCUGGCGAAAGAGAAGAUCUCGUACCAAAAGGAGUUUACGCAGCAGGAGGAGAAGGUUGAGCGCAUGAAGCUUGAGGCAGGAUGUGAAUAUGUCCUCAGGAAACAGGUGGAGGUGUUGCAGGAGGCCAGAAUGAUGAUCCCAGACUGCCACCGUCGUCUGACCGUAGCACACGGAGACCUGCAGCAGUUAUUAGAAGCAGAAGAGGAUUUGGGCGAAUCAGAGGAGUACAAAGAGGCCAAAAACAUAUUGGACUCAGUGAAGCUUGAAGGAUGAUUCCUGAUCUGUUUCUGUUCUCACUGAGAGAUUCACUCGCUUUAAAUGUCCAUUCCUUUCGUCAGGCCCUAUUUGAAUGGAUUCAGUUUGCCUCCACGGUUCCAGAGUCUCUGUUCAUGAUGUAAUUAUUUCUACUGUUUACUGUUAACGUGCCACCACAUUUGAUCACACGCCUCCUGUGUGUAAAAUCCCACAAGAACACGAUAAAACAUUCAUUUUAUUACAGCAGUGGAGUAGCGGGUUUUUGUUAACAUUUCAUCUGUCGCACUCGUGCACGAUCUGGACUUCAUGCACGUUGAAGACGCACGUUUGUCUUUACUGCAAUUAUAACACGUUUUAAUGCCGUGCGUCCACUGCUGGAUUGAUUUGAAGUAGGAAGUUUACAAUGCUGACGAUUAGAAACGGUUUAAAUCACAUUUGAUGAAAUGACUGUUAACCUUAAUACUUCUCAGACACAUUUUGCAUUCCUUUUUAUAUCAGAGCUGUUUAAGCCCGCUGUACCUUCAUAGGCUCUAACCUUUGAUGAUGAUGCAUCCCCGAAUACUAACAAAAGCUGCAAGUAAUGAUUAUUUUUCAUUCUUUCGAUUUAAUCCUCUGGUUUGAGAAUCCUCUGCUUGAUUUGUCUGUGCAAAACACGAAUAUAUUCAUCCUAUGAUGAUGCAAAAACAGCUGACAAACAGCAAAUCAUCAUAUUUGAGAAUCUUAAAAACAAUAAGGGUUUGGCCUUUUUUUUUUAACUGAUUUAUUAAAACUGUUUUGAUUUGUAUUUUCUUUCGAUCUACUAAUCAAUAAAUAAACUGAUGGUUUCAGAA